GAGUUAUAAACAGUAUCACUGCGGCUUGCGCGUGCGCCGGUUGGCAAGAUGGCCGCGUUGAGGUUAUUUCUGUUUUCGUUGCUUGUGGCGGUUGUUGCUAGCCAAGGACCCAAUCCUGUGGUGAGAGUGACCAGUGGACUCCUGCAGGGAUCGUGGCAAGUGUCCACUAAUGGAAGAAAUUAUGCAAGCUUCGAGGGAGUACCGUAUGCGCGCCCGCCGGUCGGGAAGUAUAGAUUUAGAGAGCCUCAAAACAUGAAGCCGUGGACCGGGACAUGGGACGCUACGAAGGUUCUCAGCCCCUGCCUUCAAUACGACCCUUUUCUAAAGAGCGUUACUGGUAGCGAGAACUGCCUCUUCCUAAACAUCUACACGCCUCGGAUGAACGCCGGGGCCAACCUGCCAGUGAUGGUCUACAUCCAUGGCGGAGCCUUCAUGUACGGCGCUGGGGGAAUGUACGGAGCCGAGAACUUGAUGGACAGAGACAUGGUGGUGGUCACGGUGAACUACCGGGUGGGGCCUUUGGGUUUCCUUAGCACCGGCGACGAGCAGGCCCCAGGCAACUUCGGGCUGAAGGACCAGUCGUUCGCGCUUCGCUGGGUGCAGCAGAACAUUAUGAUGUUUGGCGGGAACCCUGACAGCGUCACGCUGACCGGCUGCUCCGCUGGCGGCGCUAGUGUGCACUACCACUAUCUGUCGCCUCUGUCGAAAGGUACCUUCAUCAGAGGCAUAGCGUUCAGUGGCUCAGCCUUCAUGUCGUGGGCACACGCCGUCAAACCUGUCCAGAAGGCGAAGACCCUGGCUGGCAUCGUGGGCUGCCCAUCCACCACCACCAGGGAAAUGGUGGAUUGCCUCAAGUACAGGCCAGCUGAAAUGCUCGUCAACGCACAGAUCGAGAUGUUUGAUUGGAAGGUCCAUAUGUUCACUCCGUUCACUCCGACGGUGGAAGCACCAGGUGUAAGGGAGCCUUUCCUGAGCCAGUAUCCGUACCACGCCGCCCAAGCGGGCGCCAUGCACCGAGUGCCUCUCAUCACCUCCAUCACCACUGAAGAGGGACUGUACCCUGCUGCUGCGUACCAAGCGGAUCCGACCAUACUUCCCGAUCUGGAGUCCCACUGGGAACAGCUGGCCAGUAACAUCUUCGAGUACAACGACACCCUACCACUGCACCUGAGGCCAGCAGUGGCGGCGAAGAUAAAGCAGAAGUACUUGGGAGGAAAGCCAGUCAGCCAGGAGACGUACGCGCAGUUAGUGCAGGCUCUCGGCGACCGCCUGUUCGGCUCCGAAGUGGGACGACUGGCGCACACCCACGCGCUGCGCUCCGGCCAGCCGAUGUAUGUUUACCGAUUCGCGCACCGGGGCUCCACUAGCUUGUCCCAGCUUAUGAGCGGCACUGACAACAACUAUGGUGUAAGCCACGCCGAUGAUGUUCUCCAGAUCUUUAAAUUCCCCGGAAUAGAUUUCGCUCAAACAGCAGAUAAGAAAAUGAUCGAAGGACUCCUAGAUAUGGUCUACAGCUACGUUAGCACUGGUGUCCCCAAAUUCCCUAACGGUCCAGUGUGGCAGCCAGUGACACCUGGCGCCCCAGAACUCAACUAUCUGGAGAUAUCCUCCCCCGACAAGGCUGCGAUGAAGGCCAGCUCCGACUUCGGCCACAGAUCCUUCUGGGACAGUCUUGGAUUCAUCGAGAAUGAGAAAUACCAAGUUUAUGUUAAAGACGAGUUGUAAAAGGAG